AUGGACAUUUUUAGAGUGCUGACAAGAGGUGCCUCACUUCGUAAGGGUCAGAAGGGUUCUGCCAAAUCGGCGGACUUUAGUAUGGCAGAUGAUACUGCAAAGAAGGACAAAAAGCUUGAUGAUGUUCAUAUAACUAAGGAGCUUGAUUUCUUUCACAAUAAGAGGAUAAUGAAGAAUGUAGAAAAUGCAAAGAAGGAGGAAAAACCUGAAGAAUCUGGCGAUGAAUCUAAUGAAGAUGAGGUGAUUGAUACUAUACAACCGAGGAUCACAAAUGAAGAAGAAGCCAAGGCUUUGCGGAAGUCUUACAAGGGCAACAUUAGCGGAAAUGACCUAAUAUUUCCAAUCGGGUCUUUUGAAGAUUUAAUUUCAAGAUUCUCAUUCGAUAAGAGACUAUUAAACAAUUUGAUAGACAAUGAUUUUACUGAACCAACACCUAUUCAAUGUGAAGGUAUUCCAUUAGCUCUACAUGGUCGUGAUUUACUAAGUUGCGCACCCACCGGUUCUGGUAAAACUCUAGCAUUUUUAAUACCACUUUUACAACAAAUCAUUGACAGUAAAGAUGUGCAAGGUUUGAAAGGUCUCAUUAUUUCCCCCACCAAGGAACUAGCAAGCCAAACCUUUGUGGAGUGUGUGAAGCUAUCUCGAAAAAUUUUCCUUGACAAGAAAAGACCAUUACAAGUAGCCAUUUUAUCCAAAUCUCUUAGCGCUAAACUGAGAAAUAAAGUCGUUAGUGAUAAAAAGUACGAUAUCAUAAUCUCAACGCCUUUAAGGUUGAUAGAUUUGGUUAAAAAUGAAGCAUUAGAUCUUUCCAAUGUCAGACACUUAGUGUUUGAUGAGGCAGAUAAAUUAUUUGACAAGACAUUUGUGGAACAGACAGAUGAUAUUCUAAGCGCUUGUAGUGAUCCUAGACUUCGUAAGUCAAUGUUUUCGGCUACCAUCCCCUCCAAUGUGGAAGAAAUUGCUCAAAGUAUAAUGACGGAUCCCGUAAGAGUUAUCAUUGGCCAUAAAGAAGGUGCCAAUGCUAAUAUCGAUCAAAGACUCGUGUAUUGUGGUAAUGAAGAGGGAAAAUUAAUUGCCAUUAGAAGAAUGGUGCAGGAAGGUGAGUUCAAACCACCUGUCAUAAUCUUUUUAGAAUCCAUUACGAGAGCCAAAGCGUUGUAUCACGAAUUGAUGUACGAUGGUCUUAAUGUGGAUGUCUUACAUGCCGAGAGAACUCAAAUGCAAAGAGAUAAGAUUAUUGAGAGGUUUAAGACUGGUGAUCUGUGGUGUUUGAUCUGUACAGAUGUCUUAGCUCGUGGUAUUGAUUUUAAAGGUAUUAAUUUAGUGGUUAAUUACGAUGUUCCACAGACUGCUCAGGCAUACGUGCAUAGGAUUGGUAGAACUGGUAGAAAUAAUCGCCAAGGUAAAGCCGUUACUUACUACACCAGACAAGACUCGUUGGCAAUUAAACCCAUUAUUAACGUUAUGAGACAAAGUGGAUGUGAAGUGGCAGAAUGGAUGGAUAAAAUUUCAAAAUUAUCGAAGAGGGAGAAGGAAUCACUAAGGAAAGGUAAAUCUCGUGUGGACCGUAAUCCUAUUAGUACAGUACCCAAAGUUGAUAAACUGAAAAGGAAGCGUAGACAAAGCAUGAUUGGAGCAUCAAAAAGAAGAAAACAGCAAUCAGAAGAUUAA